UAAAUCUCUUCCCAAAAACAUGGCUGGAAAUCCAUUCAACUUGAAACCUUUCACAUUCUUGUUUAAGAUCUUCCCAUUAAAAACAUGGAACAAGUUGUACUACCAGAAAAAACCCUGCAUCUCCAAUGCAUCAAAACCAGAAUUUAACAUGUUUCCAGCAGAACAAGAUCUGAAUCCAAACAGAAGUUUGGUGUUUCAUAUGGAGGGAGUGUUGUUGAGAUCAUGUUCUGUCUUUCCUUACUUCAUGUUAGUAGCCUUUGAAGCUGGAGGACCCUUGAGAGCUUUCGUACUUCUCCUUCUUUACCCUCUUUUGUGUUUGGUCGGGAGGAAAAUUGGGAUGAAGAUCAUGGUUUUUGUUUCCUUUGUGGGAUUGAAAGAGGAGACUUUCAGAAUCGGAAGCACUGUUUUGCCAAAGUUUUUCCUAGAAGAUACUGGAAAUGAAGGGUUUGAUAUGGUGAAUAAGUACUGUGGAAGAAAGGUAGGAGUGAGUGAAAUGCCUAGAGUAAUGGUGGAGAGGUUCCUGAGAGAUUACUUGAGAGUUGAAGGCGUUGUGGGGAAGGAAUUGAAGGUGAUUUCAGGGCAUUUUACAGGUUUAAUGGAGGAAAAGAACACAGGCUUUGGCGGCGUUUUCAGCUCAUCAGAUAUUGGCCUUUGUUGCUUCAAGAAUCAGAAACUCUUUUCUCAGUGUGAGGAGGUUCACUUAGUAAAUGAAGGUGAAAAAAGGAAUUGGGAGGCUCUUCCAAGGGAGAAACAUCCAAGGGAACUGAUUUUCCAUGAUGGGAGAUUGGCAUUUAGGCCAACCCCUAUUGCAACCUUAUUCAUGUUCAUGUGGAUCCCAAUGGGGCUCUUACUAAUGGUCAUCCGUAUAUUAGCUGCUUUCCUCUUACCAUAUAAACUCUCUGUCUCAAUCCAAUACUUCACUGGAAUUACAGGCACCAGCAGCGGGCUAAACCGGGUGGACACAAAGGGAAAACAAGGGGGCACACUCUUUGUUUGUAACCAUAGAACCUUGAUUGAUCCCAUCUAUGUUUCAUUUUUUCUAAUGAGGUCUGUGACUGCAGUUACAUAUAGUAUAAGCAGGAUUACUGAGCUGGUUUCACCAAUCAAGACUGUCCGGUUAACGCGAAAUCGGGAAAAGGACUCAGAGCUAGUGGAACAGGAACUGAGGCGGAGUGACCUUGUAAUAUGUCCUGAAGGAACUACCUGUAGAGAGCCAUAUUUGCUAAGGUUCAGCCCUUUAUUUGCUGAGAUGACUAAAGAAAUAGUUCCAGCUGCUGUAGAUUUUCAGGUCAGUAUGUUCUAUGGGACUACCGCUGCCGGAUUUAAAGUCCUAGAUCCGGUGUUCUUGCUCAUGAAUCCAUCUAUUCACUGCUCCGUUACAUUCCUGGGGAGGCUGCCAGAGUCAGAGACAUGUCAGGUGGGUGGAAGAUCGAAAUUCGAGGUGGCUAACCAUGUUCAAGGAGAGAUUGCCAAGGCCUUGGGAUUUAAAUCAAACAAACACCAAUUCCAAACAAUUCCUCUCCCAGUUAUUGUUGCGUCCUCUGAAAAGAUUUUCCAUCUAGAUAUCAACAAUCCAAAACCCAAAAUUGUUUUCAUCAUCCUCAUCGCUCAAGCUUGCAAUGGCAAGGAGGGAGGAAAGGGAUGUGAAACGCAGAGAGGGAGGCGGAAAGGCAGAGGAGAGAGAGGGUUUAAAUAUUUUAGGGUAGUAUUAUGAGGGGUACAAACGUCUCAAUUGAAAAAUUAAAACCUUUUUAUCAAAGCUUUUAAGAAAUUUAAAUAAAGAUA